UAUUCAGUUAUAUAAUCUAAUAAUAAUCAGUCAACCUCAGAGAAUUAGAUUCUAAUGAAAAAUUCAAAUUUCAUCUUCCCGGCAAAAUCUGAGCAGAUGGAAGAAGAAUUGCUUGCACACGGAUUUGGCUUUCGAAGCAGCGCAUCUGUUGGCAUGGAGUCUGUUGUUGCUUCAGUUAGUGGUUACCAUGGCAUGGAGCGGUUAAAACUCAUCAAGCUUAUUACCCAAACAGGUGCGAACUAUGUGGGGACAUUGACGAGAUCAACAACGCAUUUGGUAUGUUGGAAAUUUGAAGGAAGGAAAUAUGAGCUGGCUAAGAAUCUGGGAACUACAAUAGUUAGCCAUUGUUGGUUUGAGGAUUGUGCUAAGGAAGGGAAACGCCUUCCAGAGCAUCCUUAUAAGAUGCAGAGCGGGGUACAAGUAGGGCCCAUAUUAAGGGAUGUGCGACAUGGAAAGAAAGACAGUUUUUCAACUGGAAAAAAUGCUAAAGCUCUGAUAGAUCAGUCCAAUAUGCACGCAGAUACUGUACAACGACUGACUGAUGUGGGCUUUACAGAUGUUGGAGAAAUUGCCUGGGCUGGUUCUCAUAUGUCAAAUGAGAAUUUAUUUCCACAUUGCGGGACAGGAAAUAAGGGUUCCUAUAAAUUCAAGAGGAGAACAACGUGUAAAACUUUGAAGCAGGAAUGCAAGUUGAGAGACACCAAGUGUUCUCUCGAUCUACUUCCUUCUGGAGCUGUUAGAAUUCAGAAUGAAAAAUCUUCCUCAUCUUCCACUAUGCCUUAUGGGAGCCAGAAAAUAAAUGUUCACAGUGCUUCCGGGAGCUCUAGUACUGUUGCUGAUCCCACUAGGAAAGGUCGUCGGCUUGUGAAAAAGGAUGCCUCAGGAGACAUAUUGGACUCUUCUGUAUUUAGGUGUGAGCAAAAGUUUUAUCCUGCUGGGGCCGAUAACCAGCUAAUCAAUACUAAUGCUGCAUCUGAUGAUAUAAAUGCUAUGAGGAAUGAGAUUGACCAAGUGGCAAUUAAUAUUGCAUCUAAUGGUUCAAGUGAUUUGAGGAAUGAGAAUGAUCAAGCGGAAAUUCAAGAAAAUGGGUUUCAUGACUCUAGAGAAAAUAGUGAUGAAGGGUUGGAAGAAGUUCAAGACACGUCAGAGUUGAAUAGCCGAGAUCCUUCUGAUACUUUAGAUAGAUUGGCUGAAGGUGCAGUUCCUACACAUGAAAGGACUUUGGAGAGUGGUUUUUGUGAUUUAGAGGAGCAUGUGGAUGGAGCAUUGGGAUAUCCUGGUGAGUUGAGAGACUUAUCUGACUUGCCUACUUCAACAGAACUAUCGUGUGUCAUAUGUUGGACAGGUUUUAGUUCAACAAGAGGUGUUUUACCAUGUGGACAUCGGUUCUGUUAUUCAUGUAUUCAGGGCUGGGCUGAUCAUAUGGCUUCAAGUGGAAAAGUUGCGGCUUGUCCUUUGUGUAAGGGUCGAUUUAUGAGCAUUAUGAAGGUGGACUGUGCUGUUGCUUCUGACCAAAAAAUAUAUUCACAGAGCCUUCCAUAUUCUUCACUGGCAACAGAUAUUUUCAUGCUUCCUGAUCAAGAAAAUUCCAGUUUUGGAGGCCAGGUAGUGCCUUUUUCAACUGUUAUACAAGAAUGGCAUCUUAUAGUCAAACUAUCAGGUCUUUGUAUUCAAAAUGCUGAUCUUUUGAGAAUCCCCUCAUAUUCUCUUGGGCAAACAGGUUUAAGUCCAUCCCAUGGUGGCUCCCUUGUUCCUCUGAGAUUUCCGUGCCACAAAAUUAGCAUGUUCAGAUAUUUCCAUGUGACUUGUAUGGAUGCACUUCCCCAUAUUUCUCUGACCUCUACGGCUCUACCCCACACUCCAUUUUACAGUGGUAUUUGCGGGUCUGCAGGAAGGGUUUGUUCCGAGUGUCGUUGUCGAGAACCUGAGGAUCUUCUCAUUAGUUGUCAUCUGUGCCAGAGUAAAUGGGUCCAUUCCUACUGCCUUGACCCUCCUUUGGAUCCGUGGGCAUGCCUUCACUGCAGGGAUCUCCGGACACUGUAUUAUCGCAUUCGCUAAUUCCAAACAUUUACAUUGAUCUGUUAAAUCUCAAUUAUAUGGAGUCGGCUAAUGUUGCAUUAGUUUUUGCUAAUUAGAUUUAAAUAAUCUCUUGGUAUCAUUGUGUUGGCAAUCAAUAUUUCUCAUUGAAAUCCAUAUAUACAAGCAUUUUAAAUGCUGGCCAUGAUAUUUCUAUUUA